AUGUCUUCCUCUAUUUUCUCAACCAAGAAAGCACAAGAAUGGUCACACACCAUCAAAGAGACGUGUAUUCCUCUCCUCAGGCCUGGAUCUUCACCCCCUCUACUCAAAGAAGCCAUUGAUGCUUUGGUAGAAGAUAUUCUCUCAAACUUCACCUCAAGUGAUGCUGCAUCUAUAAGUGAUCUUCUCUCAGCCUCUGAGUGCAAAUACCUAGACACACCUUUCCUCUUCCAAGGUGAUAUACAUCCUUACCUCCUCACCAAUCUAUUUAGAAUCUUCAUCCACUUAGCCAAACCAAAGAAUCUUGAUGGUGAAGAACAUGUAGCAAUAGACUUGUGUAUGGAUGAGGAACAAGAAGAUGAGCUGUUGAAACGAGUGGAGCAGAUAGAUAGGAGAGUUCGUAUCAUGGGUGAUGAGAUUCUUGGACGUUUCAAACUUGCUCAAAUUAGGUUGUUGACACAAGAAGUAGAAAACUCCAUGCACACCCAUGAAGAAGCAAAGAUGGAGAAGAAGCUUGAGGAUGAGAGUUUGAAGAAGGAAAUAGAAGGCAUCUUCAAGGAUGCAAAUCUACUGAGAAGCAGUGUUCUAAUAAGCAUCAUGGAGGCUACAACUAAUCAUCAAGGAACCUUGUAUCUACAACUAUUAUGUGACAUGAUCAUAGCUUUCAAGAACAAGGUGUGUGAUGAAGACAAGAGAGACAACAAUGCUCUCUUGGCAACCUUCAUCAAUGGCAUAAUGAAUGUGCCAUCAUACAUUGACAUCUUGGGAAGAAUGACAAAGAAGGAGAAGGAGAUUACAACCUUGAUGUUUGCCUCAGCAGUCAUUGGAUCAGCUGGCUCCACAUUUGUUUCAUCUAGCAUGAAGAGCAAGAGCUUGAAGAGGACCAUAAAAGAUGCUUCAUGGGCUAGUCUCUUCUUCUUCUUGGGUGGAUUUGCUCUCUUGGGCAUGGGUCUCCUUGUCAGAAACAGAUGGGUGAAGAUGGGGCUGAGCAUCUUAUUGACAUCUUUCAUUGUUGGUGUUGCCAUAUCCAGCAAGAAGAAGCAAGAGGAGUCAGUAAUUAAGAGUAUAAUUAGGUGGUUUAUCAUUGUUGGUGCCAUCAGCAUUAGUGUGUUGUUUGCUGAUAGAGUGCACCAGUUGAGAGCUAGUCCAUAG